CCGGAAGUUUUACUUUGUUUAUAAAUGGCCGCCAAACAUGCACAGACAAAAUGCUUUCCAGUAAAAAAAAUUAUGUGUAUUAUGCGUAGCGGCUUCUAUCCAGUUUUUGUGUUUUGAUGAAUACUUGUCAAAGAAGUUGUAACUUUAUUUAUUUACUUGAUUAUCAAAAUCUGUAAUUUAAAAUACUUCAACAAUCGCAUUUCCUAUCUUCACCUUAUAACUACAACAAUGAGAAUCAGUGGUAUUGUUCCUGCACGAUUCCUCACCAUCGUCGCUCAUGUGAUCAUACUCAUCAUCCUCUUUUGGGCAAAGGAUGACAAUAUCAAAGAGUGUUUACCAGCAACAUAUACCCAGUCAGAGUAUGAUUCCAAAGAUUUAGAAAUGCUCAUUGGUCUCUCAGUUGGCCUUGGUCUAAUGUUUAUUGAGCUGAUCGGUUUCGUGGGUGGAAUCUCGAUGUUUAUGCCAUUCCAAUGUAUGCUGUCUAUUUCGGCUCACUGUGGUGCUUGUGUUUCAUUAGCCUAUUUUAUUUUAUGGGAAAUGCCAUGUCACCGAUAUUGGUAUAUCUUUGGAUUUUCCACAGCUUUCCCAGCUUUGACUGAAAUCAUCACAUUUAUACAGAUAGUGUGCUUAAGAAAUGGACAACUCUAGAGAAACUCUUAAGAAAUGUAAAAUAGUGCAACAGUAGACUUAAAGCUAUUCCAUUGAAUUUGGCUAUUGACCUUGACCAGUAACCAGCUGUUGCCUGUCAUGCGGGAGCAGUGUUAGCACUGUUCUUCUUCCUGUUUGAGUUUUGGCCAUGUACGUACUACUGGUACAUAUUUGGAUUCUGCAGUGCAUUGCCAGCAGUGACGGAGAUCAUGGUGUGGCUGGGAGUUGAAUUCUUUAGGAAAGGACUAUAAUAUCAUAGUUUUAAUAUAAGAAAUUUUAAUGUCAUCUAAAAACAUACAUAAAUUCAUAUUCUAUCUUAUGUCACCUGAAUCACUGAGAACUUUUUGGUGUCCUUUUCACCUCUCCUGUUCUAAUCAUCAAAUAUAAACAUAAGCUUUUAUACAACACAGAACAGAUUUCAGCAUAGUAUUGUACUGGUAUGAGUGACUUGUCUGCAUCCCAAAAUUUUGACAUUACUACCCCUGUGUAAUUGGGAUCAGAUCACAUGUUGAAAAUUAGUUUUAUUGUUUAAAAAAUUCUUUUUGACUCUUGAAAGACUAGCAAACAAAGAAUUUAAAAACCAAUAAGCACUAAUGAAACAUUUUAAAAUCCAUGUCUCUUGUCUGCUUGAUAAGAAGUUCAGACCCCAGAGAUGGACUACAUUGAUGUUACAUGUAUUUUAGAUAUCUAGAGUCUGUAUAUCAUGCAAAAAUAAACAUUGCAUGAUACGGAUGUGACAAUUAAUGUCCAUGUCUUGUUUACAUGAAAUUGGUUCAAUUUUCAUCACAUCUCUUGUUACAAUUUGUACAAUUCAUAUUCAGGUGUUUAUCAGAGGUUGAGAUGUAGUGAAUGGUUGUAAAAUGCUAGAUAAAUGUGAUAUAUUUAUAUAUUUCAAAUCAGGGCAAAUUAAUGUACAUUCAUAAAUGUGUAUUAAUUCAGUGACUGAAUAAAUGAAAACAAGUAA